GGGGCUGAAGUAGUCCUGAUGAGUAUCUCAGAACAAUACUUUUAUUGUUCAGUAGUCACAACUACACAACAACAACUUUGACUCCCUGAUGAAGGCGUUGACAACGACGUGACAAUGAAGAGUUUUCUUGUCUUCUUUGUGUACACGAGUUUCCUUACAACAACAUCUCAAGUACAUCAAGAAUUUACCGGAAUUUCAACACUGUAACUUUUCUACCAUGAGUUUCCUGAUGGCUGCAGACAGACAUUUGCUUCUUUCGCUUCAUAUGAGAGAGCAUUUAGUCUCACACCUGUUGAUAAACAGCAUUGCCUACAGCAGCGGUCCAACAUGUUCGUUCUUGCUCAUCUACCUGCAUGUUGGUGGCGUCACUCUCUCUUACCCACACUGCCUGCAGAGCAUCCGAGUAUCUAACAAACAUGAUGUUCAUCAUGGGAAAGAGCUCUCUGACAACAAAGUGGUGAAAAUGCACCUUAAUGAAUUAAACUUAAUUAUUACACUUUUUAUAUUGGAUUUUUUAUAUUCAACUUUGUGUUUAAAAGUUGCUUAUCCUGAAAUUUGGCAGAGGUGAUUACAAGCAGAGAGAGGAGGGGCUGUUCCCUCACACUGUGUAGGGAGUGUCGCUUCAUAUUCACUUGUCUGCCAAACAAACAAGCCGCAGUUUCGCAGUUCAUUAAACUUGAAAUCAACUCUUGGGACUUUUCUUCACCCCGCGAACAAAAAUGUUUUUCUCUCUGUUUGUUCUGUUUGUGAUCGGCGCAGUGGAGUCUGAAGUGAUUGCCUCCAAAACAAUUGAGGUAAGAUCUGGUGAAGACGUCAUUCUGCCGUGUAACUUGGCACGUUCAUACGACAUGCAGAGUCUAAGAGUGGAGUGGACACGCGAUGGGAAAGAGGUGCACCUCUACCGUGAAGGGAAUGAUGAUCUAAGUGAUCAGGACAAAGGCUUCAAAGGCAGAACAUCUCUCUUCCGGGAAGAAAUGGCCAGUGGAAACAUUUCGCUGAAACUGAGCAAUGCAACUGCACAGGAUUCAGGAAAUUACACCUGCUAUGUUAAAGCCAAAAACUUCCCUGAGCACUUCAAGCAAUGCUCCAUUGUUCUUAAGGAAGUGAAAGUGGGCAUGGAUCAUGGGAUUAACCCUGACGGUAUCAGUACUGGUACUAUAGUUGCCAUUGCUGUCAUCAUUGCCAUCGUUGCCGGUGUUGGACUCUUUCUACUUGUGAAGAAUAGAAAGAUCAAGAUGUGUUCAGGACAAAGAAGACGACAGCAAAGCAUGGAGGAGAACAACGAUGUCAGAAUGAACCUGAACAACAUGAGAAAUGACGACCCCGCAGACCGAUGACUGACCUAUAACUUAGAUUUUUUUACAUUUUUGAAAUAUUUUUUCAGUAAAACAUUUAACAAUGUCA